AUGAAGGGAGACAGCAGACACCUCAAUACUGAAGAGAGUGUCAGUGGAUCUGAGGACUGUAUCAUCAUCAGUGGUACCUGCAGUGACCAGUCCUCAGGCACCAAGAGCAUCCCCUUGACCCAAGUCUUGGAGGCAAUCUGCCCAGUGGAGAACAGAGAGCCUCCUGCCUGGGACUCCGAGGGAGAGCCCCCACAGGUGGCGGGUCCCUUGCUUUGCCAUUCCUGGCAGGGCUGGUCUCAGUGUGGCUGGAUCAUUGGUCCUUUUGCUGUGCUGACACGGGCAUCAUUAUGGGACCUCACAGGAGAUGGAGAUGAAGACAGUGAUGGUGAGGCAAGGGACAGCAGUGGCUCUGGCCAAACUCCAGUGAUGCCCAAACUCUUCUGGGAGACCAGGACACCCUCUAAAACCCCAGCAUCCCUGAGUUGGCAAGCAACCACUUCAGCAAGCACUCUGUGGCCGUCCCCUGCCAGCCCUUACCCUACCAUUGACCUCACAGAUGAAGACACGAUACCGCAAAGUAUCAGUACCCCCGUGGUUGACUUGAGCCAGGAUGACCAUCAGGAGGGCAUGGACACCACACAGCUGGAUGAAGAAAGCAGAGAUGGACACAGCACUGAGUAUCAGGUCAAUGAAGUUUCAUGGCUUCUCCUGGGGUCUUCUGUCUUUGCUGUUAGGAUCAUCUUCCAGGAAGAGAAAGGAUGGGUAUGGUGGUUUGGUGAUGAACAUUUUUCUGAGGUCUCUGCUGACAAACUGCUGGCCCCGGGGCUGUUCAGCCAGCACUUUAACCUGGCCACCGUCUGUAAACUGGUUCCUUACAGGAAGGUUGUCUAUCACACUCUGGAGAAAGCCAGGUUGCGAGCUGGCAAGACCUUCCAGAGCAGCCCUGGAGACUCACUGGAGGACCAGCUGAAGCCCAUGCUGGAGUGGGCCCACGGGGGCUUCAAGCCCAUGGGGAUCGAGGGCCUCAAACCCAGCAACAAGCAACCAGAGGUCAGAAGUCGGAGACGCACAGCCAACGACUCUGUCACUUCUGAGUACUGUCCCCCACCCAAGCGCCUCAAGACAAAUAGCUAUGGCGGGAAAGAGCGAGGGGAAGAUGAGGAGAGCCGAGAGCGGAUGGCUUCUGAUGUCGCCCAGAACAAGGGGAAUCUGGAAGACCGCUGUCUGUCCUGCGGUAAGAAGAACCCUGUGUCCUUCCACCCCCUCUUUGAGGGUGGGCUCUGUCAGAAUUGCAGAGAUCGCUUCCUGGAGCUCUUCUACAUGUAUGAUGAGGAUGGCUAUCAAUCAUACUGCACCGUGUGCUGUGAGGGCCGAGAACUGCUUCUGUGCAGCAACACGAGCUGCUGCAGGUGCUUCUGUGUGGAGUGUCUGGAGGUGCUGGUGGGUGCGGGCACAGCCGAGGAUGCCAAGCUGCAGGAACCCUGGAGCUGCUAUAUGUGCCUCCCACAGCGCUGCCACGGGGUCCUCCGGCGCAGGAAGGAUUGGAACAUGCGCCUGCAAGACUUCUUCACCACUGACCCGGACCUGGAAGAAUUUGAGCCGCCCAAGUUGUACCCAGCAAUCCCUGCAGCCAGAAGGAGGCCCAUUAGAGUCCUGUCUCUGUUUGAUGGAAUUGCAACAGGCUACUUGGUGCUCAAAGAGUUGGGUAUUAAAGUGGAAAAGUACGUUGCCUCUGAAGUCUGUGCAGAGUCCAUCGCUGUGGGAACCAUUAAGCAUGAAGGCCAAAUCAAAUAUGUGGACGACGUUAGGAAAGUCACAAAGGAAAAUAUUGAUGAAUGGGGCCCAUUCGACCUGGUGAUUGGUGGAAGCCCAUGCAAUGAUCUUUCCUGUGUGAAUCCUGUCAGGAAAGGCUUGUUUGAGGGUACUGGCCGGCUCUUCUUUGAGUUUUACCGAUUGCUAAAUUACUCACGCCCUGAAGAGUGUGUUGACCGCCCAUUCUUCUGGAUGUUUGAGAAUGUGGUAGCCAUGGAGGUCGGUGAUAAGAGAGACAUCUCACGAUUCCUGGAGUGUAACCCAGUGAUGAUUGAUGCCAUCAAGGUUUCUGCUGCUCACAGGGCCCGGUACUUCUGGGGGAACCUACCUGGGAUGAACAGGCCCGUGAUAGCUUCCAAGAAUGAUAGACUCGAGCUGCAGGACUGCUUGGAGUUCAGUAGGACAGCAAAGUUAAAGAAAGUGCAGACAAUAACUACCAAGUCGAACUCCAUCAGACAGGGGAAAAACCAGCUUUUCCCCGUAGUCAUGAAUGGCAAGGAUGAUGUUUUGUGGUGCACUGAGCUUGAAAAGAUCUUCGGCUUUCCUGCCCACUACACAGACGUGUCCAACAUGGGUCGUGGCGCCCGCCAGAAGCUGCUGGGAAGGUCCUGGAGUGUGCCAGUCAUCAGACACCUCUUUGCCCCCUUGAAGGACUACUUUGCAUGUGAAUAGUUCUGCCCAGGACUGGGAAGCUCUGGGGUCUUGGGGUUAAUGCAUUAGGAGUCAUGCUGAUCCUUGAAGGGCCCAGCUCUGCCCUUAAUUUGCCUCUGUGGGGACCUCACUAUAUAUUCAGUUCUCUCCUGCUCACUGGGAGCAGAGCCUGCUGGCCCUACAGUGGAACCUCCUUCUGCACAGCUCAGACUGGCAUCUUAAGGUGGCCCAACAUGGUUCUCAGGUUUACUGUGCUUAAAAUUUUAAAACCAAACCAGGUGGUUUUAGUGCAUGCUUUUAAUCCCAGCACUUUGAAGGCAGAGGCAGGCAGAGCUCUGAGUUCAAGGCCAGCCUGGUCUACAGAUUGAGCUCCAUGACAGCCAGGGCUACACAGAGAAACUGUGUCUCGAAAAAACAAAACCAACCAACCAACCAUCCAACCAAAAACAAACAAACAGACAGACAGACAGACAGUACCAGAGUUGUGUGGCUACAUGGGAGAAAUA